AAUCUCGAUUUUAUCUUAUCAUCAAAAAAAAAAAAAAAAAUAAAAUAAAAUAUUACCCUCUAAUAUUGAAUAAAAUUAAGCAUUUGAUAGAUGGCAGAUAAAAAUGUAAAUGUUGAUUCAAUCGCUAGUACUGAUGAUUGACAAGCGUGAUGAUGAUGAUGAUUUAUAAAAUUUAAUGGACGUCAUUUUUAUCUUAACGAAAUGGCCCUUCAGAUUCAAUUUUCUUCGUUGAAGAAUUUAUGUUUUAGAUGGAUUCGUUUUUUAUCAACAUGUUCUGCCCCAGAAUUACCUCCAUGUGAUUUUAUUCCAAAAAAACAUAAGACUAAAUUGAGUAGAUUUGAAAUAGAACAAAUCCAUCGUAUCAAUUUGAAUCCAUGUCUCAAAACAUGGUAUAAAAAACCAGUGAUGUUAACGCAAGGCUAUAUGCAAUAUGUUUGGGAUGAUUCUGGAAAUCGUUAUCUCGAUAUGUUUGGCGGUAUCUUAACGACAUCGAUUGGACAUUGCCAUCCUCGUUUAGUCGAAACCAUUCAACAACAAUCAACAAAAAUAUGGCAUACAAGUUCUUUAUAUUUGACCGAAGAGAUACAUGAUUUCGCCAUCAAAUUGGCCAAUCAUUUUCCAGAACCAUUACGAUGCUUGUUUAUUUGUAAUUCUGGAUCAGAAGCCAAUGAUAUAGCUAUAACUAUGUCUAGACUUUAUACAGGUGCAUUUGAUAUUAUAGCAUUGAGAAAUGGUUAUCACGGCAGCACCCUUUCUACGAUGCCAUUAUGUUCUAUUGGUGUUUGGAAAUUCCCUUUACCUACUUCUUUUGGCUUUCAUCACGUUACCUGCCCUGAUCCAUAUCGAGGACGUGUUGGUGGUCGAUUUUGUCGUGAUUCUCUUAUUCAAACUAAUCGACAUUGUAAUUGUAUCGAUGCAGAUCAUUGUCAAGCUGCUGAUUACUACAUUGAAGAUCUACAAACAGUAAUGGACACAGUUCUUCCAAAAAAAUUUGCAGCAAUGUUUGCAGAAUCUAUUCAAGGUGUUGGGGGUGUUGUGCAAUAUCCUAAACAGUACAUUAAACGAGCUUAUGAUUUAGUAAAACAACGAAAUGGGUUGAUGGUGAUGGAUGAAGUUCAAACAGGAUUUGGACGAACCGGUACUAAUUUUUGGGAAUUCCAAUCGCAUGGUAUUAUGCCAGACAUUGUUACAAUGGCAAAAGGCAUAGGAAAUGGCUUUCCAAUGGCUGCAGUAAUCACCACUGCUGAAAUUGCUCAAACUUUAACAAUUGGAUCUUAUUUCAACACAUUUGGUGGCAAUCCUUUGGCAUCUGCUAUUGGUUCAACUGUUCUGGAUGUAAUCGAUGAUGAUAAUCUACAGAUGCGUUCGCAUAAUCUAGGGAAUAGACUUUUGAAAAAAUUGGCUAAAAUUCGAGAUGACUAUAAUGGUGAAAUUGUUGGUGAUGUUCGUGGCAAAGGUUUAAUGAUAGGCAUGGAAAUGAUGCUUCAUGGUAAACCGAUGCCUAAGGAUCAUAUGGAUCAAAUAAUCGAAGACUGUAAAGAUAUGGGAUUGAUUGUCGGUCGAGGAGGUCCUCUAGCUAGUGUUUUUCGAAUCGCACCUCCAAUGUGCAUAAAUGAAGAUGAUGUAGAUUUCACUGCUGAAGUCAUAAGACGAUCAAUAGAAAAAUAUUGCGAUCGGCAAGCUAAACAAAAUUUUUAAAAAUGAAUAAAAUUUUCCAUUUAUUAAAAAGAACAAUUUAAAUGCUUAUUUGUGAUUCCUCUAAUUGAUUGGCUUUGGGAUAAUAGACAAUAAAUUGAAAAUUAUUUUUGGAGAA